GCUCCCUCCUGGCUGAGUAACCAACAUGCCUACCAACGCUGCUGCUGCUUCUGCCACUCCAGCUGCUGUCAAGAAGAAGCCAAAUUAUGCUAACAUACAUGAGGCAGUGAAAGCCGGUGAUGUAGAACAACUUGCAUCAAUGGUAAAAAGCGGAGCCAGUAUUAAUGAGGUGGAUUUAGUCCAUAAAUUUACACCUUUGCACUGUGCAGCACACUCUGGAAGCCUGGAGUGUCUUCACUGGCUGCUUUGGCAUGGGGCUGAUAUAACAGCUUUAGCUAUAAGAGACUGGACAGCAGCUCACCUUGCUGCUAUCAGAGGUCAUGAUGCUUGUAUGCAGGCCCUUGUAAUGAAUGGAGUAAACUUAACAGCUCAAGAUGACCGAGGAUGCAAUCCGUCACAUCUAGCUGCAGGCCAUGGACAAUCAUACACUUUACAAACCAUACUCCGGAGUGGAACGGAUGCAAAUGUUUCAGAUAGGAAUGACUGGAAGCCAGUUCAUUAUGCUGCUUUUCAUGGCCGCUUGGGUUGUUUGCAGCUUCUUAUUAGAUGGGGAGCUACUAUAAAUGACGUGGAUAACAAUGGAAAUCUUCCAGCUCAUCUGGCAGCAAUGGAGGGCCACCUGCAUUGUUUUAAGUUCUUGGUUAGUAAAAUGACCAGUGUGUCUCACACCUUGAAAGCCAGGAAUGACCAUGGGGAGACCCCAAAGGACUUGGCACAGAGGUUCUAUAAGGAUAAUAUUGUGCAGUACGUCGACAGCGUGGAACAUGAGAGAGAUCAUCCAGAAGAACAGGAAAAUUUAGCAUUUCCAGCCCAUGUGGCUGCCUUCAAAGGGGACUUGGUGACGCUUAGAAGAUUAGUGGAAAGUGGAAUCAUCAAUAUUAAUGAACGGGAUGAAAAGGGAUCCACUCCCAUGCACAAAGCUGCUGGACAAGGACACAUAAGCUGCUUGCAAUGGUUGAUUGAAAUGGGAGCCGAUUGUGACAUUACAAAUGAAGCUGGAGAGACUCCAAAGGAUGUAGCCAAGAGAUUCGCCCGGCUGGCAGCUGUGGAGCUUUUGAGACGGGCAAUGGGAGACGAUUCUGACGAAGAAUUAGAUGACAACGAUGUAAGGUUUUUCGACAGACACGGCGUGGAAGGGAGCACAGACACCACGGAAGAUUUAAUUCUGGAUGAAGCAAAAAAAAGAGACGCCCGCAUAAGAGCCUACCAAAAGAUUGAAGAACUUCGACAACUUCUAGAAAUUGCCUACAGCAACUACAAACAGCUGGGAGGAAUAACUGUAGAGGAGAGGAAGAAGAAGAAAGAAGAAAGGGAGGCUGAAAAGAUGAUUAGAGAGCUGGAGACCCAGCUGGAAUACGAGCGAGUCCGUCGAGAGAAGCUGGAGCGUCAGCUGGAUGAAUACCGAGCAGAGACAAGCCACCUCAAAGAGUGUCUGGAGAAACUGCAGCUCACACCCACCAUCUCUGGGGUGAGUGUCUGCCCUCAGGAAGGGGAGGCUGCCUCUGAUUUAGGCAAAGAGAAAAAGAAAAUGAAGAAAAAGCCACCAGGCAGCCCCGGCGGAGUGUUUGUGAGACGAUACUGAGGCGCGAAUGGAGUGUUGCUGUUUUGCAUCCAUUUUGUCAGACUGACAGAGUUAGAGAAGGGUGUUCACACAGGAAAUGCAAUGCUCUCUAAUAGUGACAGGACAGGGCCAUAUCAGACAAUACUGCCAUGAGCUAAACUCAUGCCAAACAAGGGUUACCUUUUAUUCCUGUCCGAAAGUUCUCUAUAUAAGUCAAAUUCUGAUAUUUCACUAGAGGGAGUGGAAAUGUUAUGUAACGGCACUGGUAGAAGGCAAGCCUCAAGAUACUACAGAAGUGUGCAUAUAGUACAUUUGCAGCUUAAUGCUGUAUACCACGUAUGGUUUCUGAUCCUUGUAGUUUUAACUAGCUAUGUACCUGUUUCUUUGCUUAAAGAUAAAUCUUAGUGGGGAGACACACACCGUUUUCUGAAAUGGUGAAAUUUUUUUUCCUUUCUGUACUGGCACAUGGU